AAGAUGACAAGUUGCCGCUGCUCUGUCACCACAGCGACGAUGGCUCGGCUGCUUGGCAUCGCCUGCAUCCUGGUGUGCUGCCCCUGGUUGCUGCAGGGCCGACCUUCAGAGUACCAGGUGGAGACCGAGAGCCUGAGCUCAUGUGAGCUGCUGAGGGACAUGGCUGUUGCUAAGCAACAAGAACACAUCCCUCAGUGCACCGAGAACGGCGGCUUCAGGCCUGUACAGUGCAGUAGGCGGGGCCAGGAAUGUUGGUGUGUUCACGCUGACGGUCAGGAGAUUGCUGGGACUCGAACCAACACCUCUCUGCCACAUUGCCCCUCCCCCUGUCAGCUGCAGUCCCUCCUGCAGUGUUCUCCAUCUGGGCUCUUCAAAUCGGUUCAAUGUAACUCCAGCAGGGGGCAGUGUUGGUGUGUGGAUCAGGAUGGCAUGGAGCUCUACGGAACCAGACAGAAUGGAAAACCACCCCGCUGUCCUGGUGCCUGUGAGAUCAGGGCGAGGCGACUCCUUCAUGUUUCUCGCUCUCCAUCGCUUCCUCAGUGUGCAGAAGACGGCAGCUUCCUUCCUGUACAAUGCAAAUUCAUCAACACUACUGAUGGAACCGAGCUGGACAUGCUGCAUGCCUUCAACAGGUUUCCAGAAGCCUUUGAGACCUUCAGUCGCUUCAGGAAGUUUUUUCCGCUGGUUUCCUCUUAUUGUUUCUGUUCAGACAGCCGCGGCCGAGAACUACACGACACAGGCCUGGAGCUCCUCCUCUCUGAGGUGUACGACUCAGCGUUCUCCGGUGGUCCUCCUGGUCGCAUGUUCUCCCAGUCCAACAUCUAUCGAGUCCUGCAGAGGAGGAUGCUGGGAGUUCGUCUCACCCUGACUGGACACUUCAGAUGUCCAACUGCCUGUGAGGAGGAACGUCGGGUGGCGGAGGAGACAUCCAGUGUGUUUGUUCCGUCCUGUGAGGCUGACGGAUCCUUCUCAGCCAGGCAGUGCCUGGACGGAGGGCGGUGCUGGUGUGUCGAACCCACAGGGAGGGAACCUUCUCAGACACAAUGGCAUGGACAGUCCCUGGUUUGCACUUCACGUGAUCUUAAUUGCAUAUCGUUGCGUCGUCUGGCUCUAUCUCGGCUCUUCGUUGGCCCCGUCGGUCCUCCUCUGUUGACAUCCACCAGCAGAUCUCCAGCCUGGUGCCAGUCUCUACUGCAGCCCCUCGAGGACUUCCUCCCUGCUGAUAUGGAACGAGUCUCCUUCCUCUCACAGUUGUUCGAGGUUUUUGAUGGUCUCUUUGCCUCAGUGGGCGGAGCUCUGCAGGCUCUGUCACGCUCCUCCCCAGCCCGCCUACAGGAGAACCUGUUUGGAGGAAAGUUCUUGAAGAGUGCCUCUACAUUUAACUUCAGUGGAGUCACAGGGCCCAAAGGUACCCUCAACAUGGACCAGAUCUCAUUCCAAGACCAAGGUGUCACCAUCAACCUCCAGAAGAACCAAGAUCUGGUCCAGUCUGUUAGCUUAGCGCUGGAAAACCCAACCUUCCUCUACACCUUCAAACACACCCUGACGGUGGUGACCAGCUCACACAUGGCUUCACUGAAACAGGUUUUGAUUUCUCUGCUGAACUUUUGCUCCAAGGAGCAAGAUGCGGAGAGCAUGCCAGCCGUGUUUGUCCCGAGCUGCACUGCCCAGGGAGGAUUCCAGGAAGUGCAGUGUCGGGGUGAUGAGUGCUGGUGUGUGGACCCUGUGGGGCAGGAGGUCGCGGGGACACGGAGCACAGCUCAGAGGCCUCGUUGUCCAUCACGAUGUGAGAGGGCGCGGAUGUUUGCAGUCAAAAUGAAAGCCAGGUUGGCAGCAGGAGCAGAGAUCCACAUCCCAGCAUGCUCGGAGGAUGGCGAGUAUUUGCCUCUGCAGUGUGUUGGCUCUCGCUGCUUCUGUGUGGAUGCCAAAGGAGUCCCGCUGCCAGCAACACCAGCAGGGGGCGUUGUUGUCUGUCCAGACAUAAGAUCACAGAAUCUGCGCUCAUCUACUGGAUUGUGUUCUCAGGUGGUCGCUAAAGUCACGUCAUUCAGGCAGGAAGUCAACCGCAUCAUCGACCUCUCAAACUCCACCCACUUAGCACUGGAAUAUGGAUUCCUAUUGGCCAAAGGGCUGCAACUAACCUCAGAGGAAGUGCAGAUCUCUGAUAGGUUACUGAGCCGAUCCAAAGCUGCUCUGCGAUUGGCUGCCUACUCCACUCUGCAGAUGUUGCUGCCGGAGCAGCGGCACAACUACCAGCCUUUCACACCACAGUGCGAUGCCAAUGGAUUGUGGCGGCUCAUGCAAUGUUACCGCGCCACAGGUCAAUGCUGGUGUGUUGAUGAAGAUGGAGAGUUUGUCCAAGGAUCUUUGACCAGCCACACUCACCGCCUGCCGACAUGUCCGACUCGCUGUCAGAGGGCUCAGGCUCAGACUCUGCUUUCUGGUUGGAGGAAAUGGUCUGACAUCACUAUGGCCUCUUCAUCCAGCAGUCCACAGUGUGAAAAGGAUGGUCGUUUCUCAGUUCUGCAGACAGGGGGUGCUGCUGCGUGGUGUGUCAACCCUCUGACUGGAGAAAAGAUUCAGACUGCGACACUGGACACAUCUGGAAAACCAAAAUGUCCCAGCUGGUGUGAACUGCAGGGUCUUCACUGCCGGCCCGACGCCACCUUCGCGCCUCUGCAGUGUGAUGUCACAUCGUGCUGGUGUGUCACUGAGGACGGACAGGAAGUGGACAACACCCGAACACCUCGACAGACAGGGCGCACACCGUCAUGUGACCGUCCUGUCUGUUUGGACUCUGCCAUUACCCAUGGUGCUUUGCUAUGCAGCCAAGCCACUGCUAGCCAUCAGAACUGUGAUCUCAUCUGUCACCGUGGUUACCAAAAUGCACUUCCUGACAAACACUUCGUGUGUGACACUGUGAAACGGAAAUGGGAGGAAGACAAGCCGCCAUGGGCUGGAAGCUGCCAGAUCUCUCGGCCUCUGCAGACGGCCUCAUCUGCUCAGGUCUGGGUGUUAUCAGCAUCCUGCUCCCAGAUCAGCCAUCUGCAGCAUUUACUGCUCAACGCCAUGACCAGCAGGGGGCUCUGUUCCUCUCAGCUUCCUGUACGGGACCGUGGCAUGUCGCUGUGUGACGACUCGUCUGUGCGUCUGCAGUGUGAUGGCGAUGGCACUCUGAGGCUAACGGUCAGGUGGACAACGACCCUGUCUGACCUCUUCGACCUCGGGAACAUUGUUCUCGCCCUGAACGAGUCCAGACUGCUGGACAGGAUCCAGGACCUUCUGGGAGCACUGUGGCCCACAUCAGAUCCUAAGCUGGUUUCUGUGACAGCCCCAGGUUUCGGUUGUUCCAGAGGUUAUCGCCUGGACAGUGACAGUGACGGCUGCGUUAUCUGUCCUGCUGGGAGUUUCUCCAGUGAGGGGGCGUGUCUUCUCUGUCCUCAGGGGACCUAUCAAGAUAAAGAUGGACAGGAUGUGUGUGAACAAUGUCCCAGAGGAUCGUCGGCUGCUGGAGCAUCAUCUGUCAGCCAGUGUGAGUCGGAAUGCGAGAGGCGGGGCUUGCGGUGUUCAGCCCGAGGUGACUUUCUCUUCGCACAACCUGACUUCCUGUCUGGCAGCUGGAGGUGUUUCAGCAGCGAGGGGGUGGAGCUUGACUGGACCAUCACUGACACGCUUCUGACGGAGGAGGAGUGCUCAGGUGACCUCAGCCAAUCAGAAAACAGCUCAACCAAUCUGCUGCUUUCAAUUUUAUCUAUUUAUUAUUUUUUUGCCACUGGAUUUCUGGGUAAUACUCAGGCUGAGCUGUUUGAUUCGCUGAGCUGCUCUCUGAGAGUGAGGGGUGGAGCCUCAGAUCUGCUGGUCAUCAGGAAGAAAGGUGUGUGUGUUUUAGGGGCAGAGUUUUCCAUGCGUCAGCAGGGGCGGAGCUUUGUGAGGAUACCGAUGAUGAAGGCUGUGUCGGGGGUGUACAGGACACAGGUGUUCUCGUCCCAAAGGGCGUCACUCGCUGACGUGCACAGAGUAUGUCAGGAUGGCUGCAGCCGUGACCCCUGCUGCGAGGGAUUUAUCCUCAACCAGAACCGCCUCAGCGGAGGCUCUCUGCUCUGUGGUUGGCUCAGAGCGCCAUCGGUCUUGAUGUGCAGCAACCGGGACUGGGAUGUGAGCGGUCAGGGAAAAGCCACGCGUAUCUGUGGGGUGGGGCUGAGCUACAGCGAGCAGCAGAAGAACUUCAUUUUGGACUUUGGAGGACAAAAGUUCACCAUCACGGAUUCUGCUCUGCCGAAUGACAGUCGGAACAAGAAGGACUACCAGGCCUUCAUCGUCAGCUUCCAGGCCAUCUACCUGACCACAGAUGCUGAGUUGGCGGCUGAUUCUGCAUCUUUAUCCUGUGAAGUACCUGAGCUCAGCCCUCUGAAUGGUGCAGAGUCAGUCCGGCUCAGGUUUGACAUUCUGUCAGAUGAUGACGUGGUUGUGGAUCCUCAGAGGACACUUCCUGCUCUCUCCUUCUGGCUCAACAAGAAGAACUACAACUCCCAGCAGGCACUGUUGUGGUGUCUCACACGCUGUGACGCGGAGCAGCGCUGCUCUAUCGCUGACCUCAGAGACGCUGACUCAGCAGCUUUUUUCAGCUGCAUCCUGCAUCCCGACAGCACAGUCUGUGGUGCGUAUAACAAACCACUACGACGACCGUGCCGCCCCCUGCUGAACAGGAUGCCAAACAACACCUACAGCAAAAAAGUGGAUUUGUCUGGACCGGUGGAGAGUUUCUACCUGAGAGUUUCCUUCCAGAAGAUGGUUUCUUAUUCUGUUCGCAGCCGAGUCAGUGUGGAAGAAAACAAGCCGCUGUCAUCCGGCUUCAUGCAGUGUGAGCGCCGCUGUGACCAGGAUCCUUGUUGCCGUGGAAUCGGAUUUGUUCAAGACACUAAGUCCACAGGCGGCUCCGAUGUGGUCUGCCUGUCUCUGAUCAGUCUCGGGAUUCAGACCUGCAGUGACGAUGACGUGACCACCUGGAGGACUCAAGACUGCGGACCCUCUGCCAUGCAGACCGCACCGGAACCCUUUGGAUGGUACCAGAAACCUGUGAAUCAGUGGACUUUGGAUCCUGCUCUCUGUCCUCCCUUCAGCCUGCCGCCACUCCAAACCAAUGUGUCUCUGGAUCAGUGGCGUUUUCUCGACGGGUUUUCGGUGCUCGUUGACCUGACUCUGACUACGUAUGAUGUCAUCCACCUGAGCCGAGACAUCGCCACCAACCGGAGCAGGGCCAGGGACUGGUGUCUCCAUGCCUGUCAGGAGGCGGAGUCUUGUAUGGCACUGUCACUAAGUGAAACGGAUGCCGCCAUUCGCUGCAUCCUCUACCCUGACACCAGAGUCUGUGGUUUAAGCUCCGCCCCCGGUUCAGCUAGCCCUGCCUCCUCCUGUAAGCUGGUCAUCAGAGAGCCCGCCCCUCAGGUGUACCUGAGGACAGAGUUGUUGCCAUUGGUUACAUCAGUCUCUAUCCCUGGUCAUGGAACCCUGAAAGGUGUCGCUGUGGAAACUGUCCUGGGCUCAGACAGGAAGAAGGUUGUUCAGUUUCUAGGAGUUCCAUAUGCUCGUCCUCCAAUCGGAUCGCUCCGCUUUACAGCAGCUCAACCACCUGAUUGGAUGGGAUCGUGGGACUCCACAAAACCUCGGUCCAGCUGUGUCCAGCCUGGUGACCUGGACUCUGCCGGAUCCAGUGAGGACUGUCUGUACCUGAACGUCUUCAGUCCAGCCGGCCUGAAGGGGCGUGUUCCAGUCCUGGUUUUCUUCUUCAACCCUUCAGCCAAUCAGAACCCAGGACUGUUGGAUGGCUCCACCCUUGCUGCUGUUGGUAAUAUUGUGGUGGUAACGGCCAGCUAUCGAACCGCAGCGCUGGGCUUCCUCAGCACGGGUUCAUCUGGUCUUCAUGGUAACUAUGGACUGUCAGACCAGGAGGCGGCGCUGCACUGGGUUGAAGCACACAUCACCCUCAUGGGUGGAGACAAUAAGAGAGUGACAGUUGGGGCAGAGCGUCACGGCGCUGACAUCACCACCCUUCAUCUUCUAUCUCCCUCACUGUCGCCUCUCUUCCAGCAUAUGAUUCUGAUGGGAGGCUCAGUUUUCUCUCCGGCGCUGCUUCAGACCAGCUCCGCCUCCAGGAACCAGUCCCUCAGCCUGGCCAGAGAGCUGGGCUGUCUGACCUCUGACCCCACUGAUGAAGACAAGAUCAUCGCCUGCCUCCGAGCGAUGCCUGUGCACGUGCUCAACGCGGCCCAGACCAAGCUGCUGGCGGUCAGCGGUCCGUUCCAGGCCUGGUCCCCUGUGGGUCAGGGCGCCGCCCACUCAUCCUUCCACAGAGUCGACCUUCUGCUGGGGACGUCAGAACACGACGGCCUGAUCAGCCGAGCGCGCCGGAUCAAGGACUUUGAGGUGCUGCAAGGAAGACUGGACGGAAAGACGGCGUUCUACGAGGCGCUGAGCCGCUCGUUGGGUGGAGCCAAGGGGAGUGUCCUACUGAAGGAGGCGGCGGCCUGGUUUUACUCACUGGAGCACGGCCCCUCCCCUGCAGGAUACAACGUGUUCUCCAAAGCGCUGGACAACGCCACGAGGGAUCAGUUCAUCCUGUGUCCCAGUCUGCGGAUGGCGAGCCACUGGGCUAACAGCAAAGCUAACGUGUUUCUGUACCACCAACCUGCUACCAGCGCACAAGACAGGGCGGACGUGUCCGUCCCACUGGACGUUCAGUUCUUCUUUGGAAUUCCAAAUCAUCCAAUGAGCUUUCAGCGUUUCACCACCUCAGACCGACGACUUUCUUUGGCAAUGAUGACCUACAUCUCCAGCUUCGUUAGGACCGGGAACCCAAAUCCAUCCCAGGUGUGGGACGAGUCAGUUCUGACCCGCUGGAUGCCAGUUAUCCCCUCUGUGGCUCCGCCUAUGUACCUGGAGUUGGGCCCCGCCCUGUGGCUGCAGCAGGGCCUCCGGCAGAGCGCCUGCUCCUUCUGGAACCAGCUGGCCGACAAACUGAGCUUUCUAUGACUAUGCUCUUUUUAAUCUCCAGGUGAUGUAGAGGCGGAGCCUGUCCAGGUUGCAUUGAUCUCUGAGCUGCCAUUGGCUCCAGUGCCCAGUGAAUCACAGAGUGAGAAAGUCUCCUACAGCUGAAAGCCACGCCU